UACACAGGUUGAGACUCUCUUGACCCUAGUCUCUAGAUCUAGAUAGAUCUAGUAUAGGUACUACACAUCACUCAUCCAGAAACAAGGCUAUAUAUCCAAUACACAUGCGAUAUCAAGGGCAAGGCAACAGUCUGUCAAGUACAGUGUUGAAAUCUGGUGUUGGUGUUGUGACACCACCAACACCAGCCACAACACCGUACUUGAAAUCAGGCUGGUGGUGGAAUUGACCGCGGAAAAUAUGGCGUAUUUCCGGCAGUUUGUGUUGAAGGGUGGUUUUGAAUGUCGAAUCUGCUGAACCAAGCACUGCGGCUGGUGUUGACGAUCUACGUGCAUUUUCCCCAUACAGCAACACCGACCCCCAUAAGGAGAAGUUUGGUGUUGGUGCUGGUGUUGACGAACUUUAGCUCACGAACAGACGGCGAACAGGAAAAAACAUCCCCGUAAAAUUAUCUUUUACACUUUUUACAGAUCUCAAAAAUGAAUUCAUCAAUGCGUCCUGGUGAUGAUCCGAACGACACCUUAGUACAUGGUCCUGUGAAUUCAAAGAAAUCCGAAAUAAAGCAUCGUGGAUCUUGGUCUAAACAGAUCGAUUUCUUUCUCACUCUUUGUGGUGGAUCCGUUGGGCUAGGAAAUGUAUGGAGGUUCCCUUAUCUCUGUUACAAGCAUGGCGGAGGGGCAUUCUUAGUACCAUACUUUCUUUGUGUGGUUUUGGGAGGGAUUCCAUUGCUUGUCAUUGAGAUAGGGAUCGGACAGUUCACCGGACAGGGACCAGUCACAGCAUGGACUAUGCUUGCACCCCUCUUCAAAGGUAUCGGAGUGGCCUGUUUGGUGGUGGAAUCGCUCAUAAAUACAUACUACGUGGUGAUCAUGGCAUGGGGGCUUUACUAUCUUUUCUGGUCGUUCAGGGCUGUCCUUCCGUACUCUACCUGCGACAACGAGUGGAAUACCCCUUGUUGCCUGGCAGCCAAUGACGUCAGGAACGUCAAUGCGACGUUUUCUCUUGAUAACGACACCGCCUACGACUUGGUCGACGACGUGAUUAGUCCGACGUUGAAUACGAGCGAAGAAUGCGGGAACGAGACGACAUCCCCCACGGUUGAGUUUUGGAAUCGGAAGGUGCUUCAGAUCCACUUAUCAGAAGGGAUCCAUGACAUCGGCCAUUUGAAUUGGCAUCUCCUCCUCUGCCUGAUCUUGGCUUGGAUAAUCGUCUAUUUUUGCAUAUGUAAGGGCGUCAAGUCAUCGGGGAAGGUGGUUUAUUUCACAGUUCCCUUUCCAUACAUCCUGCUGACUAUUCUACUGGUCCGGGCCGUCACCCUACCGAACGCUCUUGAAGGCAUCAUCUUCUACCUCAAGCCAGAUCUCUCAAAACUGAAAAAUAGUCAGGUCUGGUUAGAUGCGGCCACUCAGAUAUUCUUUUCCAAUUCUCUGGGUCAGGGGGUCUUGGUCGCGUUGGGCAGCUACAAUAAGAAAACGCACAACUUCGUCAGGGACACACUACUUUAUUCUGCAAUAAAUAGUGCAACCAGUAUUUAUGCUGGAUUCGUAAUCUUUGCCGUUCUUGGAUUCAUGUCUGGUGUGCAAGGGAAACCGGUUGAAGAUGUUGCAAGCUCAGGUCCUGGCCUUGGAUUCAUAGCUUACCCCGAGGCCAUCACUCAGACACCCCUUUCCACUCUCUGGGCUAUUCUCUUCUUCCUCACUCUACUCUUACUAGGUAUAGACAGCCAGUUUGUUUGUGUUGAAGGAUUUAUCACGACCGUCGUCGACCUGUAUCCGAAGACCCUGCUCCGUGGGUACAGACGAGAAAUGUUCUGCGCAGCCGUCUGCGCAUUUUACUGCAUCCUUGCAAUCCCUGUGGUAACGAACGGAGGAAUGUACAUCUUUCAGCUCUUUGACUACUAUUCAUGUAGUGGUUUUGUUCUACUAUGGAUAGCUAUAUUUGAAUCAACCGUCAUCGGGUGGGUGUAUGGUGGGAGACGUUUUAUGAAAAAUGUGGCAGCAAUGACCGGUAUGAAAUGGAUCUCGCCUUACAUGAUCUUCUCUUGGAUGUUUGCAACCCCAAUAUUUGCCGGUACAAUCUUCUUAUAUAGCCUGGUUGCCUACGAGCCACUAAAGUAUGAGAAUGAAUACACCUACCCAGGUUGGGGAUAUUUUAUUGGCAUUAUGAUGGCAGUAUCAUCUAUGGUCACUAUCCCCAUCUUCAUCUUCUAUCAGCUCAUCUUCAAGAGUCAAGGAUCACUGAGACAGCGGUGGAAUGCCCUCACUACGGCAAGCAUACAGGAUUUUCAGAGCUCUAUAGACGAGAAAAAUGAGGAGAUGGUUGGUCUCAAGAUACUAGAGGUCCGCUGAAUAAUUCCCUUCGAUCUUAAAAGUGCAUUUUGUGACCAGCUGAUUCAAAAAAAAAAAUCUCAAACUUAGGUUAAACAUGUACGUAUGAGUGUUUGUUUUUCUCCUCAAAACCAUGAAACACAUCACAAUAUACAAUCAAAACUAUACAUUAGUAAAAUAAUUAUAAUAAAAAAAAUAAAUAAUUAGCGAUAGCCUAAUUUACAAGCUUUGCUUUUUAGUG